CUCCCAGUAAGUUUUAUUGUAUUUAUCAUACUGUACUUCCAGGCUCGGCAUCUGUGCUUCCUGCUGCUCCUGUGCUUAACCCUGGCGUGGAGUGGCGUCCCUGGUCCAUGUCGGCACUCUAUGACAAAAGAUCACCUUCUGAACAUCAAUCGCCUGAUUGAUAACCAGUUGGAAAAUGGUUGUCGAAUAAGCUAUCUAUUCACAGAGCGUCAGAGUUUGAGUAAAGUCUGUUACAUCAAAGCAGUCUUUCCACAAAUCCUGGAGCUUCUAAAUACCCAGUUCCAGUAUGGCAAGAGGUCAGACAAUAGACGCUAUGUCAGCGUCCUAAAGAAGAUCAUCUUUGACCUCUAUUCUCAACGAUGUAUACCGGAGAUCAAUGAGGAGUUUGAGGAUAGCCCAGUGAAGUUUGUUAGGGUGCACAGCACCUCCCCCAAAGAGGCUCUGCGGACAGUAAAGGGCGUGUUCCAGAUGUACAUGGCAGUGCUGAAGGAGAGCCACAGCGCCGUGGACUGGAACUGUGAGGAAGAGUAUUCUGAAGACUACCCACAAUCAACCACAGGUAUGAGGAAUGUAUUUAGUGAUGUCAUUUAG